AUGAAGUACACUCGCGUGGAGUCCUUCCAGAAGGUCUACCGGCGCCUGGUGGAGCAGCGCGGCGCGCUGCCAGCCGCGGAGCUGUUCAGCCUGUCGACGCUGCGAGACAUCCAGGCCGAGCGCGCGGCCAUGCUGUUCACGCGCGUGGCCAUCAACCGGCGGCUGCACCGCUACUGCCCGAUGCUGCAGGGCGAGUUCUACUACGCCCGGCAGCCGGUCACCCAGGUGCCCAUGGCCAUGUUCGUGCGCAAGGGAAUGCCCCGUGUGGUGCGGCGCACGCUAGACGACAAGCUGGGCCAGAUGCGACAGAGUGGCCUGCUGGACAAGUGGUUGGCCGAGAUCUCCGCUCCGGGCUGCGAGUCCGUGGCGUGGCAGGCGUCGUCAUCGGAGGCGGAGGCAGAGGAGGGAGGCGAUUCGGCCAGCCUCGGGCACUCUCUCGCCACCUUUCUGUUGCUCGGCCUCGGCCUGGGUUGCGCUGUCACAGUGCUGCUCCUCGAGAACCUCGCGCACUUCCACGCUACGAGGAAGCGGCACGCGGAAGCAGUGCGCCGAGGCUGGAGAAUGGCUGCGCCGCGCCCGUAGAGGCGCCCCACAUAGCGAGGGUACGAC